UUCCGCUGCGCGGGGGCGGGGCGGGAGGUCGGAAGGUUCCAGAGGGGCCGUGGAGUUGGCGGCUUUGCUGUGGAGGUGCGGCUCGGCGUUGUGCCACACACGACAUGGCUGCUGCGCGCGAGGAGCUGCAGAAGGAUUUGGAGGAGGUUAAAGAGCUGCUUGCGAAGGCCACGAGGAAGCGGCUGCGUGAUGUCCUGAUGAUGGAAAAGCACAAGCUAGAGCUAGAAAUCAAGAGUCAGCCGCUGCCAAAGCCAAAAGAUGUGAUAGAGGAAGAAAAGUCAUCACUGGGAGGGUACACAGUGAAAAUCAACAAUUACGGUUGGGAUCAGUCAGACAAGUUUAUUAAGAUUUAUGUCUCUUUAAAUGGAGUCCAGAAGCUUCCAGCUGAGAACGUGCAGGUGAAUUUCACAGAGAGGUCAUUUGAUCUGCUAGUGAAGAAUCUGAAUGGAAAGAACUACACCAUGACGUUCAACAACCUCUUGAAGCCCAUCGCUGUGGAAGGCAGCUCCAGAAAGAUAAAGACAGACACAGUCCUUGUGAUGUGUAAGAAGAAGCGGGAGGAAAAAUGGGAGUGUCUCACUCAAGUGGAAAAAGAAAGCAAAGAGAAAGAGAAGGCUGCCUAUGACACCUCAGAUCCUAGUGAAGGGCUUAUGAACCUUUUAAAAAAGAUGUAUGCAGAAGGAGAUGAUGAAAUGAAGCGCACCAUCAACAAGGCCUGGGUUGAAAGCAGAGAAAAGCAAUCCAAAGGGGACAUACCAAUGGAUAUUUGAAAGUACUCUAAGGGCUGCCUUAAUACAGAUCUUCCAUGUGAGAACUCGCUGUGCUGCAAAGAUCAUUGUUUACACAAUCUUCUUCCAAGCAAAGACACUCAUUUUCCAUUUCAGGUUGGAGAAAAUAUUUAAAUAAAAUAGCUUAUAAAGCA